AUGGACGCCCAACGUGAGGCCGGCAUUAUUGGCACUCAACGUCGAGUUUCUUCAACCAUUAUUAUAGGUUGGCAUCGGGUAGCGGCAUUUAACACUCGUUUACCCAGGGCCAUAAAACCCGAUUAUUAUGAACUGAAGAUUAUAACACAUUUGGAGAAUGCAGCAAAUUUAUCGUUUCAUGGUGAUGUCUCGAUGCACUUCAAGGUAUUGGUGGAUACCCGAAAUAUUACAUUGCAUGUGAAAAAUCUAGCAGUGAAUAAGGCCAGUAUACAGGUGACAAGUUUUGUUGACAAUGAAGAGAUUUCAUUAUUUGCCGAGCAUGUGGAAAUUAUAGCUGAAUUAGAUCUGUACGUUAUACACUUAGAUGGAAGUUUAGUACGGGAUCGAGAAUAUGAAUUAUUUGUGGAAUUUGCGGGAAAUCUUAACAAAGCCCAAAGGGGAUAUUUUUACAAUGCAUAUAAGGAUGCAAAGACGCGAAAGACCCGUUGGAUAUCUUUCACUGAUUUUGAACCAGUACAUGCUCGUUCGGCUUUUCCAUGCCUGGAUGAACCGGAAUAUAAAGCUAAAUUCAAAAUAUGGCUGGGUCAUCGCAAAUCUUUGAAGGCUCUGAGUAACAUGCCAUUGGAAACACAAAUACCAUUGUAUGGUGUGAAUGGUUAUGUGUGGAGUAUAUUUAAAGAGUCGCCGCCGAUGUCUACCUACUUGGUUUCCUACAGCAUUAUUGAUUUUGCUUACAAAGAAUUAAAAGCUGAUUCGUCGAAUGUAAUUUUCCGGACAUGGGCUCGAGAAGAAUACAUUGAACAAAGUAUCUAUGCAUUGGAAAUUGCUCCCAAGAUAUUGGCAUAUUUUGAACGUUUGUUUGGUAUACCAUUCCCUCUUGAAAAAAUCGAUAUGGUUGCUAUACCCAAAUACAGCAGCAGUGCUAUGGAAAAUUGGGGUCUUAUAACAUUCAAAGAAUCAAUUUUACUUUUGGAAUCGGACAGCCUGUUUGAGUGGUCAAAACGUCUCCUGAUCAAUGUUAUGGGUCAUGAGUUGGCCCACCAGUGGUUUGGUAAUUUGGUUACAAUGAAAUGGUGGAAUGAUGCCUGGCUUAAGGAAGGCUUUGCAACAUAUUUCCAGAGCUUAGCUAUGGAUUACAUUAUGCCUGGCCAAGGCCACCAGCUGGAAAGUUACAUUCUUAAUGCAAAAAUUACAUUUCAAAAUGAUGCAGAAGCGAAUAGUCACUCCAUAUCGAAUGAGGUUCACACUUCUGAGGAAAUUGAAAAACAUUUCGAUAGCAUUACUUAUCAGAAAUCUGCAGCUGUUGUCAGAAUGUUACAUUUGUUUAUGGGAUCGGAUGCAUUUCUGGAAGGUCUUCAAAGCUAUUUAGCCAAGCAUAUGUAUGAUCAUUCAAAUUCGGAAGCGGCACAAUGUUGGUGGAUUCCCCUGACAUAUACCACAUCGGAGGAAUUGAAUUUCAAUGAUACCACACCCAAAGCAUGGAUGACAUGUGAUAAUAGCAGCCACCCUAUUCAAAUGAAUAAUCUAACAGUCGCGCAAAAUCAAUGUGAUGUCAUUUAUUGUGCCCGUUUUGGUUACAAUGGUUACUCAUUGGCAUUCGAUGUAAUGGAAUAUCUGCGCAGGGAACGUGAAAUAAUGCCAUGGUUAAUUGCAUUAAAUGCCAUUGGUCCAGAUCUCAGUCUACUCACUCAAUUGCCGGAACACAGUGGUUCCAUUAUGGCCUACAUGCGUUAUUUGUUGCAACCGAUUUAUUCUUAUGUCAGUGCAGUAAAAAAUGACUCAAUCACCUCCACAAAGGAUUUACAACUUAACGAUCUCAAAACUUUAUUAAUAGAAUACGCCUGCCGAAUGGGUUUGGAAGACUGUGUCCACACCAGCCUUGCAUAUUUUCAACAAUGGAAGUCUCAACUAAAUUCUCUCGUUGAAAAUCUAAUUCCCGAUGAUUGGAAAGGCACCACAUAUUGUACAGCUCUACGUUAUGGCAAUGAAAAUGAUUGGAAUUGCCUAUGGGAAUAUUUCAACAACACCCAUCAACAGGAUAUAUUCAUUCUCAAAUCUUUGGGCUGCACACAAAAUCGAGAAAUAUUGUGGAAUUUCUUAGAGAUUAUUUUUUAUGACAAUCUUCAAAUGCCAACUGUAUUUGCCCAGAUUGCCUUCCAAUCGGUUGCAAGUAAUCCAGCCGGUACAUCAUUAGCUUUAAAAUAUUUAAUUGAAAAUUAUUCAGAACUACAAAAGAAUUUCAAUGUGCCUCAUUUGCUGUCACAUGUAGCCAGUUUUGUGUUUGCCCCAGAUGAUCUCUCCAAACUAUGUAAUUUUAUAAACACACAUCCUAAGCUAUUUGAAAAUUUCGAAAAAUAUCUACAGCAAAUAAUCGAUGAAUAUGGAUUUUGCGGUUUGGAACAAUUGAACGAUGUUGAAAUGGUGGCAAAACUUUUUACUAUUUUAUCUAACCUGGGUGAAGCGACUACUGCAAUUGAAGCUGACAUAUUUGACCUGAAACAAACUUUCGAGAAUGUGACGAAACAGUUUAAUGACAUUUCGCCGCAAAUUAACAACUUUAUGGAAAAUAUAGCACUAGAAAUCGAUGGUUACGAACGAAAUUUGAAUGCAUCGAUGGAAAGUUUUGCUGAUUUCAAUCGAAGAUCUCAGGAAAUGUCAGGCUUUAGUAAUAAUACUUUGAAACACUUAAAUGAUAACAAUGAAAUGUUGAAGGAACUGGAAAAAGAGAUACAAGAAAUCAAGGCAAAG